AUGCCACAUCCCUCAACACCAGAUGAUGUAACGACGUUCAAUUACACUCUGGAUUGGCCUUAUCUUGAGAAUCCCAGUAACACCACUUUUGUCGGACACACCCAGAUCGAUAUUUGCCGUUGUCCAAGAUACAAUCUCCUUUCGCAAGACGAAAACGAGCCAGGUCACAUCUACACCCGCUACAGUUGUGCAGGUCCCGAACUCCGCUUCAAAACAGGACAUGAAGAGCUAUGGGUAUUACAAGCCCCUCACGGGCCAAUCAAUAUGCUAAGGCCUGCGACAAAAGAGGAGAAGGACCGACGGGAUGAGAUUCACGACGAUGCGGAGCCAAUAGCAUAUGGAAGUCGGAACUUCCUUUUCCUCACAGGCCCUUGCCCGCGGGGACGGUACCAGGCAUAUGCUACACACAAGUGGUUGGAGAGCAUCAGCGUAUCAGCCCGCCAACAUGUCUCAUGUCUAUCCCUUCUAGUCCAACCCUACGAAGAAGAUGCUUCCGACGCUGCGACUAGGAGAGCAUACUCGGAGCUAAGCGGAUACAUCUUGCAACACUUACCAGGAUUCAAGAUGCUGCACCUCAACAUCUGGGAUGAUGAGAUGAAACUUUACAGUGCGGCGAGCGAGUUCAGUGUCCUUCUACACAGAGAAGAUGUCAUUAUUGCCGUUCGAUGCAACCAGUGGAAUGAAGAGACUAGAGAAUACGAUGAUUCUAGGAUGUUCUUGGCAGAUAUGAGUGCGGUACCGCACAGAACACGGUCAGAGACGUUCGUUGAGGAAAUUCAAGACGAUAAGACUCAAGAAGACAAUUUGGAUAAACAAGACGAUGCUCAUGAGGCUCUACACAAAGAGCUUGGCACGGCAGGAGAUAAGUCAACGAGUGAUGAUGAGUUUCACGAGGCACCUUCCUCCCAGGUCGACAAAUCCGAUACCGAACUUGGGCAUGAAUCCGAAGAUGGUUGGACCGACGCCGCAAUGAGUCCUAUGGACACCGACAAAGACUGGCAGAUACUAUAG